UAUUUAUGUGUCUUAGAUGGACAUUUUCAUUUGUCUAUUUCUUUUUUUAGAAUGGAGAUUGGUAAAUAGCUCCGUAUGUACAUGUUGCAGACACGGCGCAUCAUGUUUGGACUUGCUCGUCCUGUGCAAGUGUGGAAUUAUUCUGUUUGUGAAUGUGUGUUAUAUUGUUGGUAAAUAAAUGAGCAGACUAGCUUGACUAUCAAGCAGGUAGGCAUUAAUUUGUUUCAAAGAAGAACGCCAGUAGGAAGUGUUAAUGACCGCGUGUCUUGUAUGUAUUUCCAGUAGAUAAUAAUGGACUCCCAAAGCAUUGAGUUUUCGGAGGAAGAAAUACAAGAGGAACUUGCACGACUAGGUUACAGAAAUGUUCCCGAAGAAAAAUUACGAGAGUUCAAGAAAGACCUCCAAAGGUUAAUCCGACAAGAGCGCAGCAAGAACUCAUCCUUCAACACUAGUGGCUCAUCACACCCAGGUGCCGAUGCUGUUGACACAUCAGCAUCUUCAGCACAUGGAAGUGUGAGACGAGAGAGAAUCCCACUAGAGGAAGUUUCUGACCAGGGUUACCUCGACCACAGAACACACGUGUAUUCACAUAGAGGGAUUGGAAAGGAGAAUAAUUAUGGAGUGGAGCCAAUCUUGAAGAGGCCAGUGACUGUUCACUCCACAAAAGGCCGUGAUGACACGUUCAGGGAUGAUGUAUCAGAGACUGACUCAGAACGAAGGAUGGUGAAGAGGAAAACAUUAAGGAAAAAUGACAAAGGCUCAAAGUUUAUUGAUGAAUCCAUGACAGAAAGUGAUGCUGGAAGUAUCAUUGAUGCCAAUGAACGACUACAGCGACUAGCCUUACGAGAUUCGGAUGAUAUUGCCUUAAUCCGACGACCGCAUUCAGCUCCUGCAGAUGCCCCAUAUAGACUAUCUCCUGAUGAUCCACGGCCUGCCUCUGUGAUCCUUCGAACGGCUGAUCAUCCACACACACGCAAUAUCCGGAAGUCAGACCCAGUGGCGCGGUACCAACAGUUCCAGCAGGCCUGGCAGACGCAGAAGGCCCCGGGGGAGAAGGGGCACAAGGGGCUCCGUUGGAACAUUCGGGAACAGAUGCUGGUGCAUGAAACCAUUGAGAAGAGGCCACAAAGAGUGUUUGUUGCCAAUAAGUAUGUGGUACCCACAGAGAAGAAGAGACAGACCCUUCGAUGGCAAAUCAGGAUGGAUCUUGCCCAUGGCAAUAAGCCUGCUUGUGGAUUCUUUCAUGAAUAUUAAUUAUCAAGUGAAGUUAUCUGUGGACUGAAUAAUUGCUGCAGCCUAUUUGUAAGAAAUGUGUGAAGUCAUGAAUUUGUACAUGUUUGACUAUUUACGUAAACAAAAAUAGAUUUGUAAUUAUUUUUUAGUAGUCGAAGAUGACUUGUAAUUUGUGAUACAUGACUUGUAAUUUGUGAUAUAUGACAUGUAUGUUCAUAAGAAGAAUCAAUGCAUGGCGAUAUGUGUGCGGCUUUGUUCAUUUGAGGUGAUUGCCAUUUUCUCUCAAUGGAUAGAUCCUUCUUUCUCCUGCCUAAAUUAUGAUUGCAUAUAGUGCCUUUAAACAAUAUGAUCAUUAACACCUCCAAUGAUUUUUUCUCAUUUUAUGAUAUAUUUGUAAUGACAGUUCAGUGUUUUAUAUGCAUUCAAUGUUGAUAUGUACUUGGUGAUAACAUGCAUUUGAGCACCAAUGACGUAGUUCAUCUUUACAUUUUACAAUAGAGUAAAAGAGAAGAAAAAUAUGAUUACUGACUUAGAAUGUUAUGUUAUUGAAAACAUUUUAGAAACUUCAGACUUGUUUUAGUUGAGAGUGACAUUACACAAACCAACUGUGAUCUUGUAUGGAUAUAUGUAUCAUGUAAAUAUUGACUAGUCGAUUAUGACAGCAAGAUUGCCAUUUGUACACGGUGUCUAGAUAUACUCAUUCUGCAUCAUGAGUAUCAUUCAAAUCAUUAAUAUGGGAUGAGCUGUUCUUUAAUGUCAGCUAAAAAGUUUGGAUGUUGUGUGUGAUGACAUGUAUAUUUUAAUUGUAUGGUGUCUGCAUUUUGGAAAUUGUAUAAAGCAGGCUGUCUUACUAACUUAUGUGUUUUAUGUAAAAUAAAUACCAUGAAUGCAUAA